AUGUCCGAAGACGGCGGCUCUGGUUCUGGAGCUUCUGGGGCCGAACUUGCCAUUCAAUUGGCUAAUCUGUUAAAAACAAACAUCACCCAACAACAAUCACAAACACCAAAACUGUCAGAUAAUCUGCAGAUUAACCUCAAACUUAACAACCAUAACUAUCCCUUAUGGACUCGUAUGAUGCGAGUCGCAAUAGGCGGUAAGUCAAAAACUUUGCUAUCUCAUUUAUCAAAAGAACCACCAGAAUCCACAAAUGAAGCAUACGAAACAUGGGAACAGGAAGAUCUAAUCGUGUUCUCGUGGUUGAUUCAAAACAUAGAACCGGUGAUUGCCGGUAAUCUGACAGAAUAUCCCACAGCUAAAUCUUUAUGGGAUGCUUUGACAACCACUUACAGUAGCGGGAAAGACAAGCUGCAGAUUUUUAAUCUACAUGUUAAGGCAAAUGAAUUAAAACAAAGUGAAAAAACUCUCGAAGAGUUCUGGAUAGCCCUACAAGGUGUAUGGGGUGAAAUCGAUAGAAUCGAUCCGAAUCCCAUGACAUGCGCCGAAGAUAUAAAAACGUAUUCAAGGGUCCGAUCUGAACAAAAGCUGUUCCAAUUUCUCCAUGGAUUAGAUCGAAAAUUCGAUCCGAUUAAAAGAGAAAUCCUCCGUCUCGACACCCUGCCAUCGGCAGAAACUGCCUACGCCACUGUUCGUAAGGAAGCUGCUCAUCAAAGCAUUUUAGGAACGAGUUACACCGAAAACCAGGGCAUCGCAACCGGACUCGUUGCCGAUCAGACAGGGCAUCGGAUUAGCCACAAAGAGCUAUCGCCGGAAUGA